GAUGCACAAGAUGCUUUUGUAUUGUAUUGCGACAGGGGAUGCAUACCAUUUACGUUUAGUACGCGGUGCUCGCAAUCAAUUAUGGAUGUAUUUAUUCUAUUGAUUUAAAAGAUCUAUUGAUCAAGCUAAAAGUUUAAAAGAAAUUUUCUCAAAUUUUGUGACACAUUCGAGCUAAAGUAAUUGUGACUUUCUUGUAUAAAAGGUAAAUAAUGUACAUCUUGUUGAAGAAUUCAUUUACAGAUUUAUAGCUCUAAAAAUAGUCACUUUUAUAGAUCUGCAAUGGUUCGGAUAAUGUGUUACAAGAUAUAGUCUUUUUAAAGUAGUUGUCUAAACUAUACAAAUGAUUUUUUUACCUCUUUUAAAGCUUCAAUAUGGGUUUUUUACUCUCAAAUCUCACUAUGCAGUAUUUGACCUCCUCCAUGAUGUUGGGGCCAAUUGAUUGUUGCAAAUGCUAUAAUCCCAGUUUGAAAAAGAAACCUAGACAUCACAAAAAUAAAGACAAUACACCGUGGUGGUUACAUGCGUACAUGGUCUUCCAUCUGUCCUCAAUGAUCCCCACCAUGGAUCCGAGGUCCCAUCCUUAGAUCGUGUUUUAUGUCUUAUUUAUUGAAAAUAUCUCAAACCGCUCUUAUUGAGCAGAAUUUAUUUCUUGUUUAUUGAAAAUAUCUCAAACUGUUCUUUGGACUGAGCAGAAUUCAGUUCCAAGACGGUUCGAGGUCCCAUCCUUGUAUCCUGCUCUAUUGUUUAUUUUUGAGAUAAAUAGUGGUCCAAUGAUGGAACCUUUGACCGUUCUACUAAGGCCUUGUUGUGUUCGUAGAACGGUCCAAAAAAGCGGUCGAAAAAAUCUAAUGUGAGACUGCCUUGACACUAUCUUUAUUUAGGUAAUUAUUUCAGAUCCAUAAGUAAUUUACUAUUAUCUUUAUUACAAGGACGUCACAAUUGCUAUUAGCCAUUAGAUGUUAAAUUGGAUGGCUUAUUGUGUGACAAAAAACUUGAAUUACUGUUAUUUUUAUUUAAUUUAUUAUUUUCUUCAUUACAAAGACAUCACAAUUGCUAUUAGUCAUUAGAUGUUAAAUUGGAUGGUUUAGGGUGUGAAAUAAAGUUCAAACUAUUGCUAGUAGUCAUUAGAUAUUAUUUAAUUUAUUAAUAUCUUUAUUACAAAGACGUCACAAUUGUUAUUAGUCAUUAGAUGUUAAAUUAGAUGGAUUAGGGUGUGAAAUAAAGCUCAAAUUAUUGUUAUUAUUAUUUAUUUAUUUAUUUUUACUAAUUGGAUGGCUUAAAAUGUGAAAUAAAGUUCAAAUUAUUGUUGUUAUUUAUUUAUUUAUUUUUGAACUUUGAAUUGAGAUAUGUUCAAUUGGAAGGUUCCUUCAUGUCUAUACUCUGCAUAUAUGCAUGGUGCUGGCCAAACCGCGGCAUGGAAACAGCAAAACCACGCUGUAGAUAUUCUCCCAAGGGGUUUUCCCUCUCUACUCUUUCUCUCUCUACUACCCCUUUCUCUCUCUAGAUGGCUGCUUUGACCCCGUCCACAACUCCUCACAAUUUUGCCUUGCAUUCUCUUCCAAAAAACCAGCCCCCAAAGAAAGAAAACUAGAGAGAGAGAGAGAAAGAGUUAGAGAGAGAAGAAGGAACUCCCCAAAAUCAACACAACAAUGGCUCUCAACCACCCACCUCCCUAACCUUAGCCUUAACCCCAACCUCUGUGUCAUCUCCUAUGGAGCAUAGAUCUGACAACGCCUGCCUAUGGCUUGUCUCCUGCCUCCUCCUCCUCGUCAUCAUGGCCGGCGGGGUGCUCCUCGCCCUCGACAUUGCCAUGCCGGAGUCUGAAUCAACCCAAUGGUUCCGCCCCACGGGCAUGGUCCUCGUUGGGAUUCCAUGGUUUUUCUGGUUCACCACCGCUCUAUACCGCGUCUUUUUGCAUGACAACCCCCGAAAGAGUAGCAGCCCGGCCGCGGGGGCUCGCAGCAGUCUUGACAGCGCCGCUCCGGCUCCGCAGGCAGGACCGGGAGCGCAUGCAGAUGGUCAUGUGGGCAGUGAGGGUAUGGAGGAGGAUAAUGAUUCCCAAAGAGGUCGGAGGGUUCGGUUCGGUCAGGUCAUUGUGAUGGGCCCAAAUGCCAAGGGGAAGGGUGGGUGUGAGGGCGAGGGCGAGGGCGACGGGACUGCGGCGCCGGUGGAGAGGACGGAGGGAUCCGUAUCACAGAAUGCCAUGGCGUCAAGUUCCUCAUCCUCGGAUGGUGUUUCUUGUGUGGCGUCGGCAAGCCUGAGCCGCGAGUGCGAGCUCCCCCUAACCUCAGCCAUGUCAUCUUCAUCGUAAACUUGGCAAGUACAGUGAUGAUGUAUUUUGUGAGCAGUUCGUGGUAGCCGUGGUGGUGAUGACAUUGAUAAUGAUACAGAUGCUCGAGAUGAUAAUGAGAGGAGAUAUUUUUUAUUUUUGAAAGGAAAUCACCUUUACAAAAAUUUUGUUGUGGAAAUGAUCUCUUAAUUUUGGAAGAGGAAUAAAAAAAUGAUCUCUUAAUUGUGGAAGA